AAGAAAAGUUGGAAAAAAGCCUCUCCUCUGCCUCCAGGGGCGCCCAGCCCCCACCGUCACUCAGCUGGACCCCAGCAGUCCCUUCCAGCCUGUCCUCUCCCCUCGCGGUCCGUCCUCCCCGCAGCAGCCACGAGAGGGCGCCUGUGAACACCUGAGUCAGGUCCCGCCCUCCCCUGCCCACAGCCCUCCAGGACUGCCACCUCCCUCAGGGUAAAAGCCCAGAUUCUCCCCACCGCCCCCAAGGCCCUCCAUGGUCUGCCCCAGACCCCUCCUUGUCCUCCCCUUCUCCCUCUCUCCCCCUCACUCAGUCUGCUCCAGUCAAAUGGGCCUCCUCGCUCUUCUCCAGUAUCCCAGGCAGGUCCUGCCCCAGGGCCUUUGCACGUGCUAUGCCCUCUGCCCGGACUGCUGUUCCCUCUGGCACUCUCAUACCUGGUUCUCUUCCUCCUCCGGGUUUCUGCUCACAUGCACCUCCAUAUGGCCUUAGCUACCAUAUUUUAAGCUUUCACUCCCCUUAGUAGUCCCAACCCCAUAGACCGCCCCCCCCCAUCCCAGCACGGCUCUGCACGUUCUAACCCAAUACAUCGUUUACUCUAAGGCCCUGUUUUUCUCAACAUCUGUCCCCUCGUCUUGAAUGUCAGCUCCAUGAGGCCAGGGAAUUUCCCAGGACAGCUGGAGCAAAGGCCCUGAGGUCGGGAUGGACAUUCAGAGCACCAGCCAGGUUGGCAGGAGCUGAACGAGGGCGGGGGGGGGGGGGGGGAGCACAGCGGGCGGAAGCGAUUUGCGCUGUGAUUAAUCCAGACAGAUGGUGGCCUCGAAGGAGCCCCAAUCCUCUUACCCAAAGCCCCUUAAUAUUUCCGCCGCGCGGGUCACCUCCAGGCCUCUCCUGCUGCGGGUGGCCACCAUGCCGGGGCUGGCGGUCGAGGAGGGGAUGGAGGGCUGGAGCCCGGCCCCACCGCUCUACGAGGAGUACCGCCCGCCGCCCCUGGAUGCCAUCCGCCUGCCCAGGUAUGUGCUGUAUCUGCUGCUUGCGGCAUUCCUGGUGGUGGCCGUGGCCUACGCCAUUGUGGGGCAUCUCAUCAAGGACCUCGCCCACGACCUGGCCGACUGGGCCUUUGGCCCGAAGCCAGACCAGGAGGAUGCCCCCCAGGAGCUGCGCCCGAGCCUGGAGGGGGAGGAUCUGGAGGAGCUCGAUCUGCAGCUGGCCCUGGCCUGGCGGGGCGACGAGGACCCUGGCGGGGGCACCGACGCAGCCCCCGCAGAAGCCUCCGCCGGGGCUCCCCGCCGCCCUUCGAUUGCCUUCAAGGACCCCCCUGGCCGAAGCUCCUUCUGGAGGCUGAACUGAGCUGGGCCCUGCCCUCCGGCCCGGGCACCGGGUUUGAACCCCUCUGGCGGUUGUGUAGCCUCGACUUGGGCGCGCGGGACCCCUUGUUCCACUGAUCUGCCCUGUCUUGGCACAGAAUGUUCUCGUUCUCGGCGGGCAGGUCUCCCAGUGGUGGGCACUUCCCGCCUGUUUCCCCCUUGGCCCCAGAGCCUAAUCCCGCCCGGCCUCCACCAAGAAGAUGUUUUUGAAAGAGUGAUAAUGGUGGCUAACCAUGA